AUGCGGUUGCCUGCCGCCGCGGUGGCCGAAGCGUCCAUCCCAACACCCAUCUGCGCCAUCGCCCCUGGCUCCGCGGAGGCCGACUCGCUCGUACAGAACUACGUGCUCGUCGACAUCAACGGCAACACGCCUCUGCUCCUCACCGACAAGAUGAGCCGCGUCCACUCCUCGCUGAUGCUUCUCAAAGACAGCCGCGUCGACCCCUGCGGCCGCGACCACCGCGCGCACGGCGACCCCAUCGUCAUCAUCGCUUUCGAUCCCGAAGCUGAUGUCCGCGUGGUACGCCGAGCCCAGCCAGAUGACGGUGGCGCAGCUAGGGUGUUCGACGAAAUGUGGAGCUACCACUCAGUACAGGAGUUCCGGCCCGAGCGCUUCCUCGAGGAGGCGAAGCACGACGCGGCCAUUGGCAACGACUUCAGGUUCCUGGACAUCCCUAUGCUUAUCAGUUUCCUUGUAGCAAGUGGUGGCACAAACAUUGCUCAUGGGCUCAAGAAGGCUGCUAUCGUUCUUCUCCCUGAUGGCCAUCAUGUCCAGUUCCACACCUUCAGUUUCGGCUCCGAUCAUGAUCUGCUGCUAAGCAUGCUAUAUCUGAUUUUUCCAGUGGCACAUUUCCAUUCAUUGAUGCCAAAGGCUCAAUCCAAGAUGGAUUUGCUCAGUGUCUUGGUGGCUUCCUGA